GCUCUUCGCCUGCUCGCACAGGACUGGAUCUGUCAGGUCCUUACAACCGUGGCUGUUCGAAGAGAAGCCCUGCGUCAGGUCUCCUGUCCCGAGUCCGCAACCUGUUUGCAGUGGAUUGUCAACACCAAAAACAUUGCAGCCACCUUUGCCAGCGUGCUGAAGCACCAACAGGAACUGGUCCAACAACUGCAACUCCAACCCUCCGUUUGGGUCAGUUAA